UUCGGACUUCGCCUCCUCUGGGCUCCAGGAAGGGACUGUUGUCUCAUAGUUUCUGAACCCUUUUCCACCUUUUUCCUUCUCUAAGAAUCCGGAAGAGGAGAAGAGAAGAGCCGCUGUGCAUCAGAAGUCAUGGGAGAGGGCUUGAACUUCAAAGAUGUGGCCAUUUACUUCUCUCAAAAGGAGUGGGAAUGUUUGCACUCUGCUCAGAAGGAUUUGUACCGAGAUGUAAUGUUGGAGAAUUAUAAGAACCUGAUCUCACUGGGACUUUCUGAUUCUAAGCCGGAUGUAAUCUCCUUAUUGGAGCAGAAGAAGGAGCCCUGGAUGGUUGAGAGGAAGGAGACAAAAGAAUGGUGUCCAGAUUGGGAGUCCAGAAGAGAAACCAAGAAUUUAUCUCCAAAAGAGGACAGUUAUGAAGUUAAAUCAUUACAACCAGAAAUAACAAAAAGACUUACAAACUCUAACCUUGAGUGCACUAGGGUCAGAAAUAACAGAGAAGUCAAGUGCCCCCUGGAGAGACAGCAGGAGGGACAUUUCAGACAAGCUGUAAUAACCUCUGAAGAAAGGCCCAUGCCCACUCAGUGCCCAGUUGAUAGAGGACCUCAGACGGUGCAUGCUGGAGCACAGUCCUGUGAACACAAGGAAUGUAAGGAAGCUUUCAGGUACCACUCACACCGUAUUCAACGUGAAGGAAGUCACAAUAAGGAAAAAGACUCUAAAUGUGGAGAAUGUGGGAAAGCCUUUAAUAGUAGGUCAGACUUAAUUAAGCAUCAGAGAAUUCACGAAAGCAGAAAAAGUAAUGAAAAUAAGAAACGUGCCUUGAUUCAUGACUCUGAAAUUACUAAACCUCAGAGCAUUAAUACUGGUGAGAAACCUCAUAAAUGUAAGGAAUGUGGCAAAGCCUUUCAUUCUAGCUCACAACUUAGUAAACAUCAAAAGAAUCAUAUAGGCGAGAAACCCUAUAAAUGUAAGGAGUGUGGGAACGCCUUUCCGUCGACCUCACAACUUAAUUUACAUCAGAGAAUUCAUACUGAUGAGAAAUACUAUGAAUGUAAGGAAUGUGGGAAGGCCUUUACCCGUCCCUCACACCUUUUUCGACAUCAGAGAAUCCACACUGGUGAGAAACCCCAUGAAUGUAAGGAAUGUGGGAAAGCUUUUCGUUAUGAUACACAGCUUAGUCUUCAUCAGAUAAUCCACACUGGUGAAAGGCGCUGUGAAUGUAAGGAAUGUGGGAAGGUGUAUAGUUGUGCCUCACGACUGAGUCUGCAUCAAAGAAUUCAUACUGGUGAGAAACCUCAUAAAUGUAAGGAAUGUGGGAAAGGUUUUAUCUCUGAUUCACAACUUAUUCGACAUCAGAUUGUUCAUACUGAUGAGAAACCGUAUAAAUGUAAGCAAUGUGGGAAGUCCUUUCGUCGUGGCUCAGAACUGACUCGACAUCAGAGAGCUCACACUGGUGAGAAACCCUAUAAGUGUAGGGAAUGUGAAAUGGCCUUCACUUGUAGCACAGAACUUAUUCGACAUCAAAAAGUCCACACUGGUGAGAGACCCCAUAAAUGUAAGGAGUGUGGGAAGGCUUUUAUUCGAAAGUCACAACUUACUCAUCAUGAGAGAAGUCACAGUGGUGAGAAACCCUAUGAGUGUAAGGAAUGCGGGAAGGCCUUUAGUCGUGGCUCAGAACUUAAUCGACACCAGAAGAUUCAUACUGGUGAGAAACCCUAUGAAUGUAAGGAGUGUGGGAAGGCCUUUUUUCGUGGCUCACACCUUAGUCAACAUCAGAGAAUUCAUACGAGACAGAGGAGUGAGUGAAGACAUGUGAA